AUGAUCUAUUGUCGGUUGACUUGUCUUUUAUUUACUUCCAUCGCUAUUGUAUUAGGAACAUCUGAUUUAUCAAAACGUGCUAUCAAUGAAAAUCCAAUUGUUGAAUUAUCUGUUUAUCCAAAUGCAGGUGUUUCAACAGAAAAUAUUCAAGUUCGUUGUCAAAUAACUCAAUUAUCAUUAAUGAAAUCUCCAUUAUCAUCAUCAAAAUUUGAUAAUGUUUAUUUGUCAGUUAAAACAGAUACUGUUAAACCAUCAGGAAUUGUUCUGAUGUUCGAUGAUAGUAGUGAUGGUUGUCGAUUAAAUCGAGAAAAUAUUCGUAUUGAUGUAUGUAAUGCAUCGCUUAUACUUAUUCAUAUUAAUCAUACAAUACUAAAUGAAACACUUCAAAAAAUAGAUUAUUCAUGCUCAAAAGGAACUACUUACGCAUAUAGUUCAUAUCGAAUAAUAAAAGAUCAAUCAGCACGUUAUUAUGAUCCAACAUAUAAUUCAUCAUCUACUUUAACAGCAAACACUUAUUUUUUAUUAUUAUUUGUUUGUUUUAUAACACAAAUAAUACGUUUAACAACAAGAAGAAUUCAAUGA